AUGGAAGGAGUUGCCUUAUAUUUAUGCCUUUAUUGCUCUCAGGGUGUGUCCUUCUCCAGGCAUGUGGGACUGCCUGACUGUUUGGCCCAUUCCACACCGCCAGAAUCUCCUCCUAAAGCCUCUCCUGACCCUCUUGACAGUGUUCCUCCUGCCUUUGCUCCCCCUUCACCUUAUCUUCAGUCUCCUCGAGCUCUUUACCCUCUUCCUCUCAGCCCAAUCCUAAUCAGCCUCGUGGGCAAACCUGCUCGCCCCUGCCAUGUCAGCCAGUGGCUCAUGCCCAUCUCUGAGCCUUCUCCAUCUCCCAAACCCAGAGUUCACCUAGCCCCCACUUUCCAUGCACUGUCCUCAGACCCUGCUCCUCCCUCCGCUCCUCCACCAUCAUCCCCACCCUCAGCCCCACGCACUGGGCCCCAUGCUUGGUCUCAUUCUCCUCCCUAA